UGCCGUCACAAGUUCCGUUUCCGCCGGUUGUCAAUUUGGCACGUUUAGACAUCCUUUAAAACCGGUUCGCAAACCCAGCCCGUAUAAAACGUAGCCCAGUAGCCCUUCAUUCAGAAACCCAAGAAAUUCCAAGUAUUUAGUUAUUCCCUCCUCCCCCUUUCUCCAUAAACCCUAGCUUUCUUCUUCAUCAGACCUCCUCUUGCAGAAAACACUAGCAGAUUUCAUCAGAACCCUCGAUUUGUUUGAAGAUGAAGACAGUUUCAGGAUUUGUGUUAUCAUCAGAACCCGUAUCAUUAUCAAAAGCUUCAUCAAUUCUGAAAAAUUUCGUGUCUUCUGAAAAUGGUGCUUCUCAUGCUCUUCGAGUUUAUGUGAAGCGUACUUAUGCUUCACUGAAUGGAUUAGCACAGUAUCAUAGUAAUUUGGAAUCUGGUAAAUCAGAACGGAAACUGAAGAGGAAACCCAAAGCUGAGGUUAGUGAAAAUGGAGUUUUAGCAGAUACUGGAAACAAUUACCAAGAAGAAGAAGUAAAGAGUGUUGGUAAUACUGAGGAAGGGAUAGUGAAAACAGAGGGAAAGAAGAAGAAGAGGAAGAAAGUGGAAGAAGAGACGGAGGAUGGGGAAGAGAGGGAUAUUAGUCGGAGUAAUAAGAAGAGGAAGCAUUAGAGAUUGAGUGAGAAUUGAAAUGCUUAUCGAAAGAUUGAAUCUUUGCUUUGAUUGGGUAUUUGUUUGAAUUUAUGAUUCUCAGUUCAAUUAUAUGAAAAUUGUGUCUUUGUUGAUUUGUUUCCAUUGCCGGAUUACUAUUUUUUAGAUAGAACUGACUGUCUUUUGAUCUUUUUGGAUUGAUUUUGUGAUUCUGGGAACAUGAGUGUCCGAUUAACAGUGUUUGUUGAUACUGUUUAUCCAUCUAAGUAAUGAAUUUGAAUCCGACUCUCA